AUGAAUGAAAUUGUAUGUGAUGAGGCUGAUGGUGAUGAUGAUGAUGGUGGUGGUAAAAGAUACACCGUGUCUGACCGGUGCAUUCAAUCUACUACUACUACUACUACUACUACUACUACUACUACUACUACUACUACUACUACUACUACUACUACUACUACUACUACUACUACUACUACUACUACUACUACUACUACUACUACUACUACUACUACUACUACUACUACUACUACUACUACUACUACUACUACUACUACUACUACUACUACUACUACUACUACUACUACUACUACUACUACUACUACUACUACUACUACUACUACUACUACUACUACUACUACUACUACUACUACUACUACUACUACUACUACUACUACUACUACUACUACUACUACUACUACUACUACCUACAAUAAUCUAAUAUCAAACUAA